GCCGGGUGAUUUUGUAUGGUGAAUUCGUGUAGAAUCUUUCAUUUAUCAUGUUGUUAUUUAUCUGUCACAAUUACACUUUGUACUUCCAAGAUUAACUAAAAUGCGUUUGUUUUAACAGUGAAUUCAUUGAUAAUUAUUACAGAUUCGCUGUGUUUGAAUUACAUGAUUAGAAUUUCACUGCCCUUUAGUUCCCAAUCAGCCAUUUCCUGUUUCUGACUCGUAUAGAGUCCUAUUUACUUAUGCAGGCACCUGUUUAAACCUUAACCACGGGACUAUUUACACAUACAUCCAGCUAACUAGGUCCCUGUUAAUAAGGCGACAUGUACAAGUCAAUCACCAGUAUCUAUCAUAUUGUUUUGCAUUUUCCGUUAACUUCUAAUCAUUGAACAAAAGCCACAAUGUAUUUAUACCUACUUCAUCUGUACAUUUAAUCGCUGUUUAUCUCGUCCUAGUUUGUUUUCUCUCGAUCCUUAUCUUUUAAUAGUGAUCGUUUACGAACUUUCGACUUAUACACUUAUACACUUCCGUUUAAUUUAUUGUAAUUAUGUUUUACUAGUUUGCUUUGGUAGUUUUUCGCCUCAGGGUCCCAUAGUACUGCUCUUGGAAUCAGUUUAUUGAUAUAUUUACUUAUAAGAAUAUCAUGUAAACCGUUCAAAUUACUUUUCAUUUUUACUUACGAAUUUCUGGGUUUUUCGAACUUAAACAUCAUUAAUUCAAAUUGAUCAUUUCACAUAAUCGUUUUACCCAGAAUUGUGGACGUAUCUCACUAUCUUUUCGUUACUGGACUGCCGAUUGCUAUAAGUCAGACAAUAUAGUUAUUUUAGCUCUAAAUUAUCAGCCGUAUAUUUUCAUUGUGUGGUAUAAUCUCCAUCUUUUCCACCGAAUUCAUAAUAUCCUUGCACGGCAGGUCAUUUUUCAUAUCGGUAUCACGUGAAGAUGUCAUUUGCUGUGUUGAUGUAACAUCAAACCUAAUACGGCCAACCCAGACACAUCUACUUUAGAUUCCUUUUGUAUAAAUAUCCUAACAUUACAAAAGAGCCAUUAAGAUUCCUCAUAGUCGUAGAAUAGCCUUUUUAUACAUUAAAGCAUAGCAAUGGUAUGUUUAGAUUACUUAAGCGUCAACUUCUCGUUUAAAUUCGAUCUUGUGGCAGUUUAGAUUUAGUUUUCAAGAUUAGCCAGAUGUUCGAAAUUUCGAAUUACUUGAAGGAGAGGCCUCCAUAAUAUAUAAUUAUAAUGGUGAUCAUGGUUUCUUCAGAAGCACCUUUAAACUAUCAUACGAUUCAACUUGUAGUUCCAUCAGCAUCACUAUCAGCAUAAUAGUAUAAGUACUGCAGGUUUUAAUCAAGAUGAUUGAGAUAACUUAAAUUGCAAUUAACCGUUUAAAAGUGUGAGACUGAGAGUGUGGUAACACUGCAGACCAUUUUCGUUAAAUCGAUCAAAUCUUCUUGAUCUAGUUACAAAAUUAUUGUCAAUUAAGUGGUACAAAAGGCCGGCUUCACUUCUAUCUUUCUGUACGAUAUGAACCAAGAAACAAUUAUAUGGGUCAUAACUGAGAUAUUUCUGAGCUCUUAUUCCCCCUCCAACUCUCGAAAGAACAUGAAUUACCACAACAAUUAAGUAACAAUAUUCAUUAGAUCCACAUUACAGGGGUAUGAACAAAAUGCAGUUCGUUGAAGUAACAAACCACUGGGGAUCCACCAAACAGAAGCGAAGGGUCAGGGCCUCUCCUAAAAAUCCCUCAAAAAUCACUCGCAUGAAUGAGGCUGUCUUCCAAUGGUUCAAGCUGCAGAGAUCAAUGAACCUGGACGUAGACAACGGACAACUGUGCGACAAGGCACUGAUGUACAGCCAAAUACUGAAAGUCAGUCUACACUUCACUGCGAGCAGGGGAUGGCUGACCCGGUUUAAAGAGAGGCACGGUAUCUCCGACAUUAAGAGCACCCACCAGUGCAAGAUAGAUUCUGAGAAAGUGUUUGUCAGUCACCUGAAAGCGAGUCUUCGACAGGAGAACCUUACCCCUGGACAGGUAUACUGUGUAGAUGAGACAUGUCUCCUUUGGAAGGAUCCACCACCGUCCCCCCCAGAAUACAACGUCAAAACAGAAACAGAGAAACUGACCCUGAUAACUUGCACUAACAUGGACGCUACUCACAAACUCUCUCUUAAUAUCCUGGGCAGGUAUCAAGAACCAAUAGACGUCCCUCCUCCCUCUGAACCCCAUCCUUCUGAAUUGGAAUCCACGCCUGCAGUGUUUGUCAAGCCUUUAUCUCCUGAAGCAGAUAAUGUCACAGCUCUUCCCAAAGAAGACAAGAUAAAAACAGAAGUGGAGGAAGAUCCUGGCGCUGAGAAGGAGAAUCAAGAAGUUGUAACUAAAGUUGUAACUAAUGUUGUAACUAAUGGUAAUGAUCAUAAUGAAAAACCUCCUCUGUUUUGUGACGCCACCACUCAGAGUACAGACUCUGCCGAUGCGGAAGUUUCAGCCGCUGCAUGUCACUCCAUAAAGAUCCAGAGUACUACAACAAAAACCGAAGCCGUCUCUCCAGAAAAUCAUGACGUCAUCACACCUACAAGUGACGUCACUAUACCACCUCGUGACGUCACCCAGCCUCCAGUGUUGCUCUACCGAAAGGGAGAAACUCACGAACUCACGCCGGAAGUUUUCACUGACUGGUUUUACUCGACGUUUGUACCGCAGGUUCGAGAGAGCCUGAAAGCCAGAGACCUGCCUCCUAAAGCCGUCCUGAUAAUGGACAACUCACUCUAUCAUCCUGAACAUCUAUCUGACUCGGAAGGGAACAUUAAAACCAUCAAAAUACCCUGUUACGUGGCCAACAAAUCCCUACCGUCAGCUACAGUAUCCAGAUCUCUCAAGGCAAGAUACAAGGUCCGACUUGCCCGGGGCUGGCUCGAAGACAAUGAGUUCUGCAGAAGUUUAAGCUUGAGAAGAUGUUUCGAGUUGCUGAAGGAGGAGUGGGGGGAAGUUAACGAGAUCACCUCAACCUGGAAACACUGGUAUCAGAUAGAACACAACCUGCCCCUACCUGAUCUCCAUCUUCUCAUGUUAUCUGAGCUCCUUCCCAAUAUACCUGGCAUCUUUUUAAAACAAUGGUACAUGGCAGACGGUAGACCGUCCGAGGUGCCGUUUCGUAUUCCAAACGAGCUGGAAUUACUCGACUUAGCAACACAGAUCUGUCACACCAGACUCACCCUGCAAGCUGAAUCCCCGGACAGGGACAGUGACAAGGAGGUUGCCAGUCCUCGGUCUAUGAUGGAGCUGACGUCUGACUACACGGAGACUCAGCACAGUCCACCAGCGUACGAGGACGUGAUGAGCUCACCCGGAGGGAUUAAACAACUUCCAAAUAUCACUAUCCCCGGGAUGGUAGAUCAGAUGAAGAGAACUCACCUGCCCCAUCCUGACCAGCAUCCUGCUAAGAAACAACGAGCAAACCACCAGAUGAUGAGUAAUGCUAAGCCACUUAUCUCUCUCCAUCCCCAGAGCAUCAUAGACAACAUCCUGCGUGCCAGCAUGAUGUCAUCAGCUGGCAGUCUGACGUCACCAACCCUACCUCCCUUCUCACCACUCUCACCCUCACCUACAACACCCGACACCUGGCCCGCCCUUCACGCUCUUCUCGGUAUCACCAACGUGAAACCCAAAAUGAUAUCUAAAAACGAUGCUCUGAUCGGACUCGACAAGUUUAUAGCCUAUGUAGAGCAGCAGUCAAACGUAGCGGGCAUUCUUAAGGACGUGCUGUAUGAGUACAGAAAAUAUGCUAUGCAAAGGCUGUGAUACCGGGGAGGGGAGGCAAACUUCAGACGGGACCCGGCAGUUUUGUGGUUUAACUUGUUUACUCUUGAACAAUGACUGGUCUAAUUUCUUUCAGUGUUUAUAAUAUCUAGACAUUUUUACCGAGUUUGAAAUUCGUACAGUUACUGUUAACCACGUGUGUAUUGCUCGCACUGUAAACCUUGUUCACAAUUCAACAAUUCGCCGGGUGACCAUUGCUAUCAUGUUUUGCAAGUCAUGCUGUUAAUAAUAUGUCAACAAUCUAGUAAUUUAUGUUGUUAGCUAUGUUCAGAGCCAAAUGAAAUUUACUCUUUAUAUUAUUUCAGAACUAAAAGGGACUUUAUAUCACAGUCUAUAAUAUCUUGCUCAUCGUUUGUUACUUUUGAGAUAUUUUUUAUUGUUUGGUGUUAGCUAGAAUAUUUUAACUGGUUGUUUUUUAUAAUAAUAUGUUUUUAAUCUUUUUAGGUUUUUAAUGAACGAAUUAUUUGUAGUUUACCUUCUUAUACUGUGUCAAACAUGGGACAAAAUGAUCAUACAAUAUAAACAGUUAGAGCUGUCUAUCUUAAUUGAAUGACCGCAGAAUUUUGUACGUAUUUUACAGAUUGUUACAUUUUGUCACAUGUUUGACAUAG